GAUUUAGAAGGAGAUUUUGAUUUUUGAAUGAGAUUAUUUUCUUUCCUAUUUUAAAUGGUUUUGUUCUGUCUUCUUCCUCUAAACUCGACUAUUGUCUGUAUUGUUACCAUCUCUGUUACUCAGAUUCUUCUGUCAUCUGUUGUUGUUUUCUUCUUCUGGUUCAUUUUCUUCCUUUUAAUAAGGGAUUCGACCGUUUGAUGGGAAGUGAAAAGAGCUAUUUUCUAUGGGUUACUGUUGCUUACAGAGUAGAUGGCAAGUUCCCUAUUUUAUGAUCGAAAGAGAUAAAGAUCAAAGAGGGUUGAAGAUCAAGCUACUGGGUUGCUUCUCAAAGGAAAAAACAAACAGUUCUUGAGUCCCUAAAGCAAAACGGUGAAGGUGUCAUUCUCUUUGGAUGCUGAGGAAGAAAAGCCAUUCAAGGUACUGUAAUCUCUAGGUUGAUACCCAGAGAGAAAUCAUGGUGGAAGAGGGAGGGGAAGAGGUGUUGGUCGACACCCGUCCAGCAGAAGUGUGGCUAUCGUGUGCUCAAGAACUUGUACCGACGGUGCUUCAGAAAGCAAGAGAAGUCAAGGGGUUCCCUGGUCGAUGGAAGAUGAUAAUUUCCAAACUGGAACAGAUCCCUUCUCAUUUAUCGGACUUGUCAAGUCAUCCUUGCUUCUCAAAGAAUGUUCUCUGCAAAGAGCAAUUACAGGUUGUGUGCAAGACACUGGGUGAGGCAAUAGAAUUGGCAAAGCUGUGUGUAGAAGAGAAGUAUAGGGGAAAGCUUCGGAUGCAAAGUGAUCUUGAUGCUUUGUCUGCCAAGUUGGAUUUAAAUUUACGGGAUUGUGGGCUGCUGAUCAAGACUGGAGUGCUUGGGGAGGCCACCUUGCCUUUGGCUGUGGCUCGUUCAUCCGCAGAGCCAGAGGCUACCACGAAUUUGAAUAUGCGAGAAUUGCUAGCCCGUCUUCAAAUUGGCCACUUGGAGGCAAAGCACCGGGCACUGGACAGCCUUGUUGAAGUCAUGAAAGAAGAUGAGAAGACUGUGUUGUCUGUACUGGGACAGAGCAAUAUCUCAGCUUUAGUCCAAUUACUUACUGCAACAUCACCUAGAAUUCGGGAGAAAACGGUCACAGUCAUCUGCUCACUUGCAGAGUCAGGCAGUUGUGAAAGUCUGCUUGUUUCUGAAGGCGUGCUUCCACCAUUGAUCAGGUUGGUUGAAUCUGGGAGUGCAGUGGGAAAGGAGAAAGCCACAAUUUCCCUCCAGAGGUUAUCAAUGUCUGCAGAAACAGCUCGUUCAAUUGUUGGGCAUGGUGGAGUCCGUCCUUUAAUUGAGAUCUGUCGUACAGGGGAGUCUGUUUCACAGUCUGCAGCUGCUGGUACCUUGAAGAAUUUGUCAGCUGUGCCGGAGGUGAGACAGAUUCUAGCUGAAGAGGGGAUUUUCAAGGUCAUGAUUAAUCUCCUUGAUUGUGGGAUAGUGUUGGGUUCUAAAGAGUAUGCUGCUGAGUGCUUGCAGAAUCUCACUGCCAGCAAUGACAAUCUGAAAAGGUCUGUUAUCUCAGAAGGUGGAGUCCGGAGUUUGUUGGUUUACCUUGAUGGUCCAUUGCCCCAAGAAUCUGCAAUAGGUGCAUUGCGGAAUCUAGUGGGUUCAGUUUCCAUGGAUGUUCUUCUUUCACUCAGUUUUCUUCCUAGAUUGGUACAUGUGCUUAAAGCUGGAUCCAUCGGUGCACAGCAAGCGGCUGCAUCUGCAAUUUGCAGGGUUUGCAGCUCAACAGAGAUGAAGAGAUUAGUUGGCGAAGCUGGGUGUAUUCCUCUACUCAUCAAACUGCUUGAGGCUAAAACAAACAGUGCAAGAGAGGUUGCUGCCCAAGCAAUUUCAACAUUAGUUACAGUUUUGCAGAACUGCAGAGAAGUCAAACGGGAUGCGAAGAGUGUUCCAAAUCUGGUCCAGUUGCUUGAUCCAAGUCCUCAGAACACAGCUAAGAAGUAUGCUGUUUCCUGUCUCGGGUCUCUCUCCUCGAGCAAGAAAUGCAAGAAAUUGAUGAUCUCUUACGGAGCUAUUGGGUAUCUUAAGAAGCUGUCUGAGAUGGACAUUCCGGGAGCCAAGAAGCUGCUUGAGCGGCUUGAAAAAGGAAAAUUGAGAAGUUUGUUCAGCAGGAAAUAACAGGGUUGGCACUAAGUGUCCUCUGUGUAAUGUAUCUUGAUAUCACUACAACUGUUUAUGUGUAACUUUAAUGUUUCAUUGUCUUUAUGAAGCAAAGUAGUUGGGGAGAUAUGAACUGGAAUGCUUAUACGUUUUGAUCUUCUCUUGGAAUAUGUGAAAUAUAUACAUUCCAGUUAUUAUAUAAUGGCUAAACUCUCUUCUUCACAAAUACAGGAUUAUAGAUUGUCUUUCCAUUUUG